CGAACUGGAUAAUAUGUCUCAGACCAACAACUCAGGCUAGGCUGCCAUAUAUCUCAGAUUCAGGGACCAUGGAAGAACGAUCCUUUUUCUGGCAGCUUGGUCUUCUUGGUUCCCGGGCGGGAAGCGGGUUGAUAAGAUUGAUAACAGCCUGGGUCAUCCUCUGUCCCAGAUGGAUCUGAAGAGCGUAUUUUCAAUACAUGUAUCGGUAUGGAUCUUCGUCCGUCUGUCGGGCAAAGAUACAACGCAACCGCUGGUACUCUCAGAACCCCAGCAAUUGGAGGACCGACAACCAGCCACAGCGACAAGAAGCUUGCCAUGGCACAAGCCAUGUAAGUUAGUGCAGCACUCAAUUCUUGUUAAAAUGGUAAGUGACUGCGUUGCUAGCCGCAUCUACGGUAAACAUAUAUACAGCUUGAUCCUUCAAGCAAGCACAUACGACCACAGGGUGUGGAAAACAGGGCUUCCCGUCCGCUCAGCCGUACUUAAGCCACACGCCGGGAGGGUAGUAGUUGGGUGGGUGACCACCAGCGAAUCCCUUCUGUUGUAUGUUUUUUUGCAGCCUUUAUUCUUUUGCGUAACGUAGGUCGAGGACAUGACGGGCGCAGG